AUGUCCUUCUCAGGCCAUCAUGUCCAAAAGGCCAGCAAACGACCUUUUCCAUUGGAAUCCCUUCUAAUGCCACAAGUUCCACGUAGCAAUUACUUGCACUUUCAGGAAGAAAAGCAAAGACUACAACUAAAGAAAUUCCUCCUUCAUAGGAUGUUUCUAGUGGCCAAGAUUCCAGCACACACAGACAAAAAAGACAUUGCUGAAUACUAUGAACAAGUGUUUCAGUCAAUUUUGAAACAUCACCUAGGAGAAAUGGUGACAGGAUUGUUGCUCAUAUACCCCACUUCCAUUCUUCAUAUCCUUGAGUCUUCCAAUGGUACUCUUUUCCGAAUUCUUUUAGAUUAUCUUGACCGUGAAAGGAAUGAAAAUGAAUUUUUAAUCCAAGGAAUGAAAAUUAUAGUCGUGUCCCAUAACAUCCCAACGAGGCUCUUUAUGCAAUGGCACGUCUCGGUAAUAAAAGUGCCCGUUAUGUACCUCGAUGAUGUGACGCAGUCACAGUCCCUAGAAGAGGUCAUCACAGAGUUUCUCACCCAAACUCAUAAACUAGGACUCCACCUUUUUAAGACUGUUAAAGUGGGCACCAAAGGGCCAGGCGACAACUUGCACCAAGUUGCUCCUGAACUGCUACUCCCAGAACAAAUAAUAAAGUAUUUGUGCAAAUCUGAAGAAUUCCUGGACCCAGCAACAUUCAUACAAAUGUAUAAUAAUCCCAUACAUGUCACUUUGGAUUCUGAGGUGGUAUGGCCUGCUCCUACCCGUUUCUAG